AUUGUCCUCCACAGCAUAAACUUAUUAGACAUUAACAUAAGAAAGUCGUAUAUUCUAUACUAGCUUUUCAUUCUCUUCUUCUUUCUGCUUAGAAAUAUUGAAGGACUUAUGGCUUUGCGUGUUCUACAUUUCAACUACAUCCGAGAAUUUACGGCGUAGUUGUGCUAUGCACGACUGAAUUUACGACGAUGACCUGUCCUUGUUGUAGCACUAUUCUAUCAUCUUACGACUUACGUUUUCUUCUACAAGACAUAGGAGGCUGUGACUGUAAGUGUUGUACUAUUACUUGUUUUUACGGGAUCGCUCAUGCGUGCAUGAACUACGUCUUGUCAUUUGUUGCAAGUUGGAAGUCUAAAAAUCCUUUGGCUUUGGCCAAAACGAUGAAGCUAACGAAAAUUGAGAGGAUGGUCGCUGACCGUCGUCCAUAUUGUAGAUGUACUGCACAUGAUUAAAUGAUCAAGCUCAAGCAAUAUUUUGAAAUGAUAUCUAUAAACUACAACUAGUAAUAGUAUUACGAUUGCGUGAUAAUCUUAGGAAUGAUAAAUCGGUCUGCAGCGCCUUAUUUGUUGUACAAAUGUGGUAGAACAACAAUACAGUACUUCUAUGCAAUAUCUCUGUAUGCUAUGAUCAUCUUCAAAGACGAAACUUAAUUCAUACUGGUCUUUCACUUACUCUUGCUCUUCUGCUAGAACAAGGCUUCAACUGAUAUUUUUCAUUCUAAGCCUCACAUUAUUAAGAGAAGCAAGUUUGACAGGAGCAUGUGAACAACAUAUCUACACAGCCUAGAAAUUAUUAGAACUACAGCAGUACGAUAGGGUCACGCUCACGCGCGACAAUAAUAAUAAUAAUAAUAACUAUGUGAGCAUCUACUUCUAGGCGGUUCUCGACGAACGAAGUGGCCGUGUUUUCGAUCGUCAUCGCCUCAACCACGCAAUCAUAAUAGAAAAUGGUCCUAGUGCUAGUGCUAGUACCAGGCUUUGGAAGUAGAACUAGAAGAUUAUGAAGGUGCUGUCACUAGAAGAUUAUGAAGAUGCUGUCACUAGAAGAUUAUGAAGAUGCUGUCACUGUGCAUUCUGAUUCAUUAUAAUAUAACCAAAUGAAUGAAAAACUACAACCAAAUGAAUUCUUGUAUUAUCAAUUUAUUCUAGUCAAAG